CUGGGAACUGUGGUAAGGGCGAUAACUCCCAACUUGCAGUUUUGAGGUUUGUUGAACUCUUUUGUGUUUAGAGGAAAAUAAAUAGAGAGAAGGCGAUUGUUGAGAGAAAACGAAACGCGUGUUACGAGUGGUUUUUUUGAUUUUUAAAAGAUAAUAUUGAGCUAAUUCCCCGGACAAACACUACAGAAUAGUGCAAACAAGUGCCAGAUAAUCCUCGAGUGAGUGGCGGAACAUAUAUCCAGUCAUGUUGGUAUGAAUUUGUUUUAACUUCCUGGUAAUACCGGGUAUGUAUACAUCCCACGCACUUUUCAGUCCGUGUUGACAUAUCUUUUUCCGGACUGGUAAUGCAGUACAGAUUCCAUGUCAUCUAAAACAAGAUGGAAUCUUCAAGCAAACAAUCUGAUGACGGGAUGGAAGAGCAAAACCAAAAAUCUGAUGACAGGAUGGGAGACACUGACCAAAAAUCUGAUGAAGGAAAUGUCUGUAUGGGAGAUACAAGGGCCAAUUGUCAGAAUCAACUCUCAAGUGAUAUGGCUGUUUCCAAUGAUCCAGAAAUGCUCCCCUCAACAUCAUCCAGAGAAAUUUCAUCUAUACAAAGUAUUUCAGUGGAUAUCUUACAGGAAGAUGACCCACAAGAGGUCACUAGUUCUUUUGGAGAUCCCAUACAUCAAACCAGCAAUACAGCUACUGUUGGAAGUACAUCUUCAUGUAAAACCAUGGCCAGUAAUGCGUCUUUUAGUGAAUUAUGGCCUAUUGUAUGGCUAGCGAUGUGUAUUGUUGUCUUGGUUAUUAAAAUACUUCAAAACAAUUUUCAUCCAGCUCCUUAUGAUCAUGAUUUACAAGAUCCCUGGAGAAGGUGCGCAACUAUGGCUGAUAGUACCACAAAUCAUCAAAAUCUAUCCCCUGUGGACUCGCCAUUACUGGAAUUACCUCGAACUGACUUCACAAUACAGGAGGAGGGCAUCAGACGAGGAGCUGAUGUCCAGUUCACCAAUAAUACAAUGAGACCUGAGGCUCGGCAAGGUUCAGAUGAGGAAGAUCAAUCACUCCUAGAAAUCUCCCAGCAAACUUCUGUGAAUGGAACAAACAAUGAGGAAAGCUACAUGGAUAGCAUGUUUAGGCAAGAAAGAAGUCAUUCUCAGAUUAAUCAUCAGGAUGUCAUCCGUAUCAGCAGUAAUAAUUGGAUGACCAGGUCGACUGACAUGUGCCCAGAUAUUAAUGAAACAACAUCAUCAGAGGGUGAGGAAGUCCAGUCAAACAUUACAACCCGACCACCUGAAAACCGACCUCAAGGUGUUCCUCAUGGAGGACGGGUAUACUUACGUAAUACCUGCAGCUUGGACCAGUUCCUUAAUGGACUGUACCAGGUAUGCCGGUUCACACCAAUCCGAAAUCAGCUAGAGAAGUUAGUACGAAGAUUCCCUGACGCAUAUGAGCUUCUUUGGAGAGCACUACUUCUUUGUGAGGAAGAGCGAUUCCCUGAAGCAAAGCAUGUGCUGGUACCCAGACUUAACAUGUACAGCAAUGAAUAUUUACAAAUAAGGACAUUACUAGAAGGACAGCUACAUCAUUGGUUUACAUCAUUAUGCUGUGAAUGUGAAGAUUGGAUAUCUAUAUCACAAAAUCUCACUGAAAUAUUGCUGAAUGAAUUUAAUCCGGAAGGAGGUCUCCAGGAAGCCUUGAGGUCAAUCUGUUCACUUCCAAAUGGGACAUGCAAUCAGCCAGGGUGUGGAAGUCGUACAAACAUCAGGGUAGAAUUUGAAUUGGGAAACCCUCCAAUGUUCCUCGCCAUACAUCUUAGACACCUCAUUUCCAACUCAGGAAGCAUCAAUUUUACUGAGGUUGUGGAGCUAUUUGGAGAAAGGUACUUCCUGUUUCUCUUCACCAUGAUAAGACCUCCUUCCUCGGAAGGUGAACUUGGGCAUUUUAUGUCCUAUGUCUUCAGACCAGAUGGGGGCACAGAAAUGGGCACAGAUGGGAGACCAGUAGGAGCCUGGUAUUGGUUUCCCAAUGAUUUUGAUGGGACGCUAGAGCGCAGGACACCUGGCCAAGAAGAUCCCGAGGGAACCUUUCCUGUCACUGCUUACUUAGUCCAGAUUCCUCCUUCCUCCUCUGGAGAAGCCACUUCUGAUCAGGAAGAAGAGGGUCCAAUUCAGAAGGGAGAUGAUAAUAAAGAAUAGCUAGUUAUCCACCCAUCAGCAUAAUAUAUCAAAUUAUCCAAAACAUAUAUACAGUUCGUGUAUGUCAGAUAUCUUUACUGUUUUGAAUUGUUGAUGAACUAUAGAACAAAUACAACAAAACAAGAGACCCAUGGGCCAAAACCCAAGUAGAGAAUGAGUUCCAUUUUAUUUUUAACUGUCCACACUGUGUAUAUCUGCAAGAAGUGUUGCCGGACAAGAACAAAGGACAAUCAAAAUAAGUCAAUUGACACUUCAUCAGGUGACCCAAAAAUCUUUAACAGAUCGUUUAUUUACCAGAGUCCAUCUAUACAUAGAAUGUUUUACCUGAACAUGUCAGAAAUGAAACUUCCAUUUUUAUGGACUCAUAUUUUCUUAUACUUAUGUAUGGCAAUUUUCUUUUGCGAUUCUUUGUGAUAUGUAAAAUUUGUGAAUUCUGUAUAUUUCAUGACAACUACUUAACCAAAAUUAAGAUGAUCGAGUCUCUCACUCAUUUUGUAAUCAAGUAUAAAUAAAGACUAUUAUCAUAAUUA